CUUCUGUAGGCAUGCAUGGAAAACUGUGGCCUUUUUGCUUCUAUGAGCAACGUAAGCGAGCAAGUUUCAAAAACAAUGGAAUCGGCCAAGGAAGCUGCUGCAAAAGUCGGCGAACAAGUGUCGGAUUUCUUCCAAGGAAAUCCAUUCUCCACACCGGUUGGACGCAAAAUAGAACUCGCCACAAAUGCUUCCAUUCUUGCCACAGAAAACUGGGGAUUGAACAUGGAAAUAUGCGAUUUUGUCAAUAACACUGAAGACGGUGCCAAGGAUGCCGUGCGAGCUAUUCGCAAACGUCUGCACACGAACAUGUGCAAGAACAAUGCAAUAGUUAUGUACACACUUACAGUGCUCGAGACCUGCGUAAAGAAUUGCGGUCAUAACUUCCAUGUGCUUGUGUGUUCUAAGGAUUUUGUGCAAGAUUUGGUGAAAUUGAUUGGCUCCAAGUUCGACACACCACAGAUCAUUCACGAACGAGUUUUGUCGCUCAUUCAGGCUUGGGCAGACGCGUUCCGUGGACAUCCCGAUCUUCAAGGAGUUGUACAAGUUUACGAAGAGCUCGUCAGUAAAGGCGUUACGUUCCCUCCAACUGAUCUGGAUGCCAUGGCACCAAUUUUAACUCCAAAGCAGACGGUCUUCACUGAGCCGAAAGCAUCGACGGCUCUUACGCCGCAACCAGCUGGGUCACCAAGCUACGAUGUGGUGAGUCAGCCGGAAGGCCCGAUUACUGCCUCGGCGGAGCAACUAGCAAAACUUCGUUCUGAUCUCGAUGUGGUCAAUUCGAAUCUGAAGGUAUUUCGCGAGAUGCUCACCGAAAUAACACCUGGUCGCGAGACAGCGGAUGAAUUGCAAUUGCUGAAAGAAUUGCACGCGACUUGCAAACAAAUGCAGCUACGAAUACUUGACUUGAUUCGAACCGUAGGAAAUGAAGAAGUAACUUAUGAACUGCUCGUUUUGAAUGACGAGUUCAAUAGCGUUUUUGAAAAGUACGAGCGAUUUAUGACGAAUCGAACCGGCGAUGGCGCUACCGAAGCUUCUACUGCAUCCCAAGAAGCAGCGACUGCUAAUUUGAUUGAUGUGGGAGAGACGGGGAAGUCUUUAGAAGAACAACUCGCUGGAAUGAAGGUGACAUCAACGUCUAGCGCGGAUGCCUAUGCUGCUAACAGUGAACAGCAAGUUCCUGUUGGAUUAGCAGCAGCUGUUAAUAACAAAAGUAGUGUGACAGAUGUCGAAGCACAGGAAAUGAAGAACUGGUUGGAAGCUCAGGGACAGAAAGAGAAGUCACCGAAAUCGGCAACUAAGGGCGAAGAUGACAAAUUGUAAACGCUUAUAUUUCGAAAGCAUGUUGGAAACGCUUUGUUUUCGCCAACUGCCCAAUGAUCAUUGUAAAUACUGAAACCUGUGCUUGAUACCGUGAUAUCGUGUGGGUCUCUUCUCUCUGUCAACAUUUUUCUCGUUUUAUUUUUUCGAACUACUUGCUAGUCUGCUAUGUUGCCCAUUUUAUCCAUAUUGUUUCACUCAGCUGCACAUAAAUCUUACUGGUCCUGUUUA